CCUAAGGGAGGGGCAAAUGCCCCACAAUAAGAAAAUCUCCCUGGACCACCGUCUAAGAAAUAUUUAUAAACCCCAACGCACACUCCCUCACCACAACUCCUCCCGACUUUUUUCGAUCCUCGUCUCGCACACCGUUAAUCAGAGCAUUAACACCUGCCAACUUUUUCGACCUCGUCUCCCUCCACCACCACCACUACAACAUACAGAUACACACAUUCGAGACAGUUGCAGGCUUUUCCCGCCAAAAUGGGUAAGGAAGAGAAGACUCACAUCAACCUCGUCGUCAUCGGCCACGUCGACAGUGGCAAGUCGACUACUACGGGUCACUUGAUCUACCAGUGUGGUGGUAUUGACAAGCGAACCAUCGAGAAGUUCGAGAAGGAAGCUGCUGAGCUUGGCAAGGGGUCCUUCAAGUAUGCCUGGGUUCUAGACAAGCUGAAGGCCGAGCGCGAGCGUGGUAUCACAAUCGACAUUGCCCUGUGGAAGUUUGAGACUCCCAAGUAUUAUGUCACUGUCAUCGAUGCCCCCGGCCACCGUGACUUUAUCAAGAACAUGAUUACAGGCACCUCGCAGGCCGACUGCGCUAUCCUCAUCAUCGCUGCUGGUACUGGUGAAUUCGAGGCUGGUAUCUCCAAGGAUGGCCAGACCCGAGAGCACGCCCUGCUCGCCUACACCCUUGGUGUGAAGCAGCUCAUUGUGGCUAUCAACAAGAUGGACACCACCAAGUGGUCCGAGGAUCGAUUCAAUGAAAUCAUCAAGGAGACUUCCAACUUCAUCAAGAAGGUCGGCUACAACCCCAAGACCGUUGCCUUCGUUCCUAUCUCGGGUUUCAACGGUGACAACAUGUUGGCCCCCUCUCCCAACUGCCCCUGGUACAAGGGCUGGGAGAAGGAGACCAAGGCCGGAAAGACCACCGGAAAGACACUUCUUGAGGCUAUCGACGCGAUCGAGCCCCCGAAGCGCCCCACUGAUAAGCCCCUCCGUCUUCCCCUGCAGGAUGUCUACAAGAUCGGCGGUAUCGGAACCGUGCCUGUCGGCCGUAUCGAGACUGGUGUUCUCAAGCCUGGCAUGGUCGUAACAUUCGCCCCGGCUGGUGUUACUACUGAAGUCAAGUCAGUUGAGAUGCAUCACGAGCAGCUCACUGAGGGUCUCCCUGGAGACAACGUUGGCUUCAACGUGAAGAACGUAUCUGUCAAGGAAAUCCGACGAGGUAACGUCGCUGGUGACUCCAAGAACGACCCCCCGGCUGGCGCUGAGGACUUCACCGCUCAAGUCAUCGUCCUCAACCACCCUGGCCAGGUCGGCGCUGGUUACGCUCCUGUCCUUGACUGCCACACAGCCCACAUCGCCUGCAAGUUCGCCGAGCUUCUCGAGAAGAUCGACCGACGAACUGGCAAGUCUGUCGAGAAUACGCCCAAGUUCAUCAAGUCUGGCGAUGCUGCCAUCGUUAAGAUGGUUCCCUCCAAGCCUAUGUGCGUGGAGGCAUUCACCGACUACCCUCCUCUGGGUCGAUUCGCUGUCCGUGACAUGCGUCAGACAGUCGCCGUCGGUGUCAUCAAGGCGGUCAACAAGAGCACCAAGGCGGGCAAGGUUACCAAGUCUGCCGCUAAGGCGACGGGCAAGAAAUAAACUUGCCAUAUAUCGCAACCAGAUCGCGGUUGUGGGACCUGUCACACCCACAACUCAUCAUCACCACAUAGGAGCCCGGACCCUUCACGACACGACUAUGCCCCAACGAAUUUUCUUUGCCUUGACACGAUCUGCUCUCUAGGACGGAGCGCAACAUGAGAGGAAGGGUUAUGGGCAUUUUUUCGCGACAAAACUUUCUCAUCUUGUGCUUGUAGUAAAAUAGAGUCAUAGACCGUGACCCGCGUCUUCUCCAUGUGAAUUAUGAAGUUUGUGAAUUGUGAGCAAAAUGUCCCGUGUCCAGUUUCCCAUACCGCAUAUCUCCAAAUCAUAAUCCAGCUACCACGUAUCAUCUUGACAAUCUGGAAAUCUUGACGAGCGCUUAAUUAUCUACUACUACCCACACCAAUUCAGCGAUUUGGAAUUUGGGGCGCAUUCUAGCCGUAGCUUGAAUACCUGUCACCUGCCAGAUUUCACAAUGAUAGGUAGUAGAUCGUCAGAAAAGCUAUUAAAAAUACCCUUCCCACUUACCUCCCAAUGUCCCUGUACGUUAUGACACGGCUACGAAGAGGGAUAGGACA